AUGAGACCUUCUAGCAAGAGCCACAUUGGCGUCGACUUUACAAUGUCGUCGAAUGUUCCACCUGAAUCGAGGGACUCGUCAGCUCCACCUUCACCUACAGCCAUGAGGACUCUUCAAAGAUCAACAAGUAAUCUUUCCGACGAGCGAACUCCUCUACUCCAAAGUGCGGGGCGUUCUCGUAUACGUCUCGGUGGCGCCGCGGAGACCAACCGCCCAUAUCUACCAAGUCAUCAUAGUUUCUCUGGCAAUUUAAGAGGUAGUCGGCAUCAUAGCCGUGCAGGAUCUUGGGGCCAGCGUUUAGUCACUGCAUUAACUUCAGAAAGACAUGGACCCAAGGACCAGAUGCGAGAAUCCAAAAACAUGUCGACCACAGACGACAGAGUUUGGUAUGAUCAAUUUACAUCAACAGAUUGGGUUCAUGACAGUAUUGCGGAUGCAUACCGAGUGAAGGGGCUCCGAAGCAGGAAAGAUUUUCGAGGUCGAAUCAAGGCGUUUUUUGAUGGCACACAAGGUUGGAUACUAAGUGCCCUAGUUGGAUUCGUGACAGCUACGAUAGCAUAUACCGUUGAUGUCUCGGAGACUCCUAUUUAUGACUGGAAAGAUGGUUAUUGUCAUGAUGGAUUUUUUAUGAGUGAAAAGAGAUGUUGCCCUGACGGAGACAAAUGUGAUGCUUGGAAAUCUUGGUCCAAUUAUGUCGAAAUACCAUUUUUCAGUGAGGAGUUAACGGAGUUCUUUAUUUACGUUUUACUUGUAGUCGCAUUUGCAACAGCAGCAUGUCUUUUGACCUUGACUACCAAAACGGUCGUACCAUCAACAUAUCAACUAUCUACGUUGGAUGAGAACCUUGGUGCUCUUAGUCGACAUGACUCCCAGGCGCCAGUCGAUGGUAAUACCAGCCCGAAGAACACGCUGGGAUCUGAGACGAAUGCUCCGAUGAUCUACUACUCGGCUGCCGGCAGUGGAGUGGCUGAAGUUCGCGUAAUUCUUAGCGGUUUCGUUUUGCAUGGUUUUCUUGGCUUUAAGACCCUACUCGUCAAAACGCUCGCUCUGAUAUUGAGUGUAGCAUCCGGGCUAAGUUUAGGAAAGGAGGGUCCUUUUGUACACAUUGCAACUUGUGUGGGCAAUAUCGCAUGUCGCUUAUUCUCCAAAUACGAUGAUAAUGACGGAAAACGCAGAGAAGUAUUGUCUGCGGCCGCAGCUGCAGGCGUUGCGGUAGCUUUUGGGGCCCCCAUUGGCGGUGUUCUUUUUUCUUUGGAAGAAGUGGCGUACUUUUUCCCAGCUAAAACAUUAUUUCGAACCUUCUUUUGCUGCAUCACAGCUGCACUGACGUUAAAAUUUCUCAAUCCUUAUGGCACCAACAAAAUUGUCAUGUUCGAAGUUCGCUACUUGACGGACUGGAACUUUUUUGAACUCGCCGCUUUCAUUAUGGUCGGUGUCCUCGGCGGAAUAACCGGUGCAACAUUCAUCAAGGCAUCUAGGUCCUGGGCACAGUCUUUCAGGAAGAUUGAGAUUAUAAAAAAGUGGCCUCUUUUUGAGGUCAUGCUUGUUGCUCUACUAACCGGCCUCGUCUCCUAUUGGAAUCCGUAUACUAAGAUCCCAGUAGCUAAAUUGUUGUUCAACUUGGCUAGCCCUUGCGAUACUGAUAAAUCAGAUAGCAUGGGCCUUUGUCCCAGUAGCAUUGAUGAGAUUUUCCCCAUCAUUGGACAGCUAACUAUUGCAUUUUUCAUCAAAGGCCUAUUGACGAUUAUUACAUUUGGCAUCAAAGUUCCUGCAGGUAUAUAUGUUCCAUCUAUGGUUGUAGGCGGCCUACUCGGCAGGAUCGUCGGUCAUUUGGUGCAAUGGCUUGUAUUGCAAUUUCCCCACGCUUCUAUUUUUGAAAGUUGCGCUGCUCAUGAGAGUGGAACAUCUUGUAUCACUCCUGGUGUUUAUGCUCUGAUUGCUGCCGGUUCUACAAUGUGUGGGGUAACCAGAUUGUCCGUGACUUUGGCAGUCAUUCUCUUUGAAUUGACGGGCAGUCUCGAUUAUGUUUUACCAUUUUCCCUCGCAGUUUUGGUCUCAAAAUGGACGGCAGAUUUCAUGGAACCUCUGAGCAUAUACGAUUUAUUGACCAACCUCAACGCUUACCCAUUUCUUAAUAACAAGCAUAAGCCGAUAUUUACCUCCGAUCUUGCAGACAUUGUGCCCCGUGUUCGAAGAGAAAGAGUUAUUGACAUCUCAGUCUCCCCCAUGAUACCUGCUAGCAGUCUGCGCCAGAAGCUGGAGCUUUUGCAUCAGGCCGGUGAGGUUGAUGGUGGAUUGCCAAUCAUUAGAGACGAUGUUCUUGUCGGUCUAAUACCGGCCCCCGAUUUAGAAUUCGCUCUCGAUAAUCUUGAUAAUGAGCCAGGUACCUUAUGCCUCAUGGCGACCAUCAGCAACUAUGAUGACUCUGAAGAAGAAGAGCAUGUUGAUCCUACUGACUUCACGCCUUACAUUGAUCCUGCACCGGUAGCUUUAGAUAUUCGUUCGCCAAUGGAUUUGGUCUACGAAUGUUUCGUGAAACUCGGCUUGAGAUAUGUUUGUGUACUGAAAGAUGGCCGUUAUGCCGGAUUGACCCACAAGAAGACUUUUGUCAAGUACAUGCGAGAAUUGGAAGAAAGAGAUGGGCAUAAUUGA